CAGGGAAGCUGUCGGAGCCCUCUCUCUCUCUUCCUGUUGAAGACUCCCAAGACCUAUAUGCACCUCCUUCCCCAGGUGCAGAUUCAGGACCCCUGACUGAAGCAGCUUCUGGCCCUGGCCUGGGAGGUGACUCCCAAUGCCGCUUCUCCCUGGAAGAUGAUGCCCAUUCCCAGUUACUUGACGCAGAUGGCUUCCUGAACGUGGGGCCUCGUCCCGGCGUGCCUGGCUCCCACAAAAGACAGUUGAUCCUGGACAGUCUGGAUGAAAAUGCAAUGGAUGGCAACAUGGGGGAGCUGCUAGGGUUGUGCUCAGGUGUUUUUGGGACAGUAGAGAGUGGCUCUGGUACAAGCGGAGGCCUUGGACCCAUGCAGGAGGAUGAGCUGCUUCGUCUGUGCUCUGGAGCAUUUCCACCAACACAGGCAGGAGAGGAGCUGAUGGAAAUGGAGAAGAAUAAAGAUGGAAGACAAGAUGAAGAAUCUGAAAAUACUAUGGAUCAGCUCCUGGGGCUGUGUUCAGGCAAAUUCCCUAGUCUGGAUUCUACUCACACAGCUUCACCAGCACCAAACAGUAAAAAGAAAUCAGAGGAAGAGGAGCAGGUGGAGGAAGAGGAUUGCGGGUUUCGGCUUCUGUCAGAUGUGGAAAGUCAUAGUGAGCAGGAGGAGAGUGAUGAGGAUGGUGGAGGGGAAAGUGAGGAGGAGGAUGAGGAGGCAGAUGAUAUAGAAGAGGAGGAGAUGCAGGGUUUGUUUGCAUCACAUCAAGUCAAGAAAAAUAAGAAAAUGCGCUUGGCUGACUACCUGGAAUCGGAGGCUGCGCUGUCAGGCAGCGAUGUGGGCAGCGAUGAUGAAGAAGGUGAUGGAGGGAGUGAAUACGAGGAAGAGGAGCUUCUUGAAGAGCUUCCCUCUGACGAAGAGCUGCAGGACCAGGUCAACAAGAUCCACAU